AAGAGAGUGCACUUGUUAGCUUCUGUGACCUGCCGUGUGUCCUGUCCUCCAACUGCUGCUGCUAGAAAACCGGUCGUCUAAGGACAAGAGCAAUAACAUCAUGGUUUUCGAGGAGAAAAUGAUCACAAACGGAGAGCCUGAGGAUGAGGAAGAAGAAGAGGAGGAGGAAGAAGAGAUGGUGGAUCCUAUUGAAACAGUGCGACAGAAGUGUGAAGAGAUAGAGCACUGCAUCCACACCCGGGAGCGUCUGGAACAGUGUGAGACCAGAGUUAACUCUAGGUCCAAUACAGAGGAGGAGUGCACUGAGGAACUCUUUGACUUCCUGCAUGCUCGUGACCACUGUGUGUCACACAAACUGUUCCAUUCUGUCAAAUGAAAUCCUUUCUGGUUGUUUAAAUGCUGGCUGAAGACAUUCUUCAAAUCGUGUUUGUGGGAAAGAAAUUGGCUCAAAUACAUCCAUAUAUGGAUCUGUUGUAUGCUGUAUCUUUAAAUGUAAACUAUAAUGUGUCUGCUCAUGUGAAGAAACUUAAGUAUUUAACAAGGUAGGCUGAGUCCAUGUUUCAUUAAAGUGGAGACUUGAAAUCCUUA